AGCCGCGAUUACGUGGCUCCGGGGUUCCGAACGCAAGCGCAAGUUCCUUGAUCCGAAACCUCUCUGGCGAAAUGAAGAUGGCAUGCAGGUCAGUGAUCGCAGUGCUGGUGGCCACCAUGGCCUCGGCCUCGCCCAGCAAGCAGCUUUUGCAGCUCCUGCAGCAGCAGCCGGGCCCCUCGACGCUGGCGGAGGUGGCGGGGGCUUUGGGGUCUCUGGCACUCGAGGCGAAGGACGACGAUGGCACCAUCGUCAAGAUCCGCGCACUCAUUGAGUCGCUGCAAACUGCCGUGAAGGCGCAGCACAAUGAGGCGGCGCAGGCCUUGACUAACACCUCCACCUACGAGGCCUGCAGCAGCGCCAAGGACCAAGCCUUCGUGCAGGCAAGCUCUUUGACCACCACCACGGCUCCACCGACCACCACCUCCACAGGGGCGCCCACCACAACGACCAUCCACGCCGACUUGGCGACCUGCAAGGCAGAGGAGGCAGAGCUUAUCCGGAAGAACCAGACUUGCCACAACGAGCUGGCGGCCAGCUUCUCGGCGAAGCAGGCCACCUGCGAGCUGUACGAGGAGUUCAACUUCGCGGACGCAGGUGCCGCUCGCGGGGCCCGGUGCGCUGACAAGGCCACCUUCUCAGGCACCUACGAGGAGUAUUUGGAGCGCGACAUCCUGACGCUGAGCACCCUGAAAGCGCGGGGAAAGAACUGCACCGACACCUCGGCGGUCUACGGGCUGAAGUCCACGGAGUGCUCCGCCGUGGCCAAGGCGCUCAGCGACAAGCUCCAGGAGUGCUUGGAGCUGGAAGUCCAUCUGGCAGCCAGCAACGCGCUGCCCGAGCCCGCCCCAUCCCAGGCGGCACCCGUCCAGGUGAACUGUGGGCCCUGGGCGGCCAAAGUGGCCGCCUGCAGCAACUACGACACCUGCUACACCACCAAGGUGGCCAUGCAGGAGAGCGCCUACACCUCGGCCCAGCAGUUGGCCACCAGCCGCCAGGCGGAGUCCACGGCCCUGCAGCGCAUCGCCUGCCUCUUGGAUGUUCUGGAGGCUGGCACUGCAGACCAGUCCGACAAGCUCGCGGCGUGUCUGGCGGCGGCCCACGACAUCUCGGGCCUGGCCCUGGUGAAGCCCACGGCACCGGCCAAAGCCACCUGCGAGCCCGGUGUGCAGCCAGCGGGAUGCACCGCUGCCAGGUGAGCAAAACCGUCCAGAAGCAUGCGUGGCCAUAGCCAUAGUCACA